AUGAAUAUGAAUUUGUCAAUAUCACAACAAUUUUGGAAUAAAUUGUUCAUUCUGUUGAACAGUUGUUUCGUCAUAUUUGGCAUUGUUCUUCUUGUGUUAGGCAUCAAAGCACUUGAAACAAUGAACGAAUUCGCCAAAAUUUUCAAUGGGUUAACACCACUCAUCAUUCCAACAGUAAUCUUCAUAGGAUGCCUCAUUCUAGUAGGUACAAUUAUUGGAUACAUUGGAUUUUGGAAACCGAAACAGUUCAUUAUCAUACUGCACAUUGCAUGUUUAUGUCUUGCAGUGAUAGUAGAGAUUUCCAUAGCCACAAUGACGGUUACAUCUGGAGAAAAAUUUCAAACAGCCGCUAAUCAUUCAGUGAUAAACGCUGUGAAACAAUUUUACACAAACCCUUAUCUUCAAAUGGAAAUGAAUAAACUGCAGAGAAAGUUCGGUUGUUGUGGAUCUAUGUCGUAUGAGGAUUAUAUAAAAUCAAAAAUAAAGGUGGCAUCCUCCUGUAUUGUUGGUAAAUUAGUUUAUGCACCAGGUUGUGUGGAAGCAUUCAAUGAUUAUCUACAACAAUAUAUAGUUGCCUUGAUUUCUUUAUGCUUUUUAUUUGGAAUUAUCAAAAGUGUUUACUUGGUUAUCUCCAUUUAUUUAUUUAAAAAGUCAGUUACCAUGGGAAAGGUAACGUCAUAG